AUGGAAGUAAAAACGCUUCCAGAAUUUAUGGUGCAUCUUAAACUGCUUUCGAGAAUCGCAUUAAGGCAAGAAUCUGACCGUCUUGAUGCGGGUGAUAAUUAUGCUAUAGGUGAUACUGAGUCAGAAGACGAUG